AUGUGGACUUUUUUUGACAUGGUUCCUGAGUCUGAGAACAAUGAUGGCAAACCACGAGCAAAGUGCAAGAUGUGUGGAAUUACUUAUAUGGCUGCAAGUAAAUAUGGAACCGGAAAUAUGAAGCGUCACAUUGACGCAUGCCCUAGGAGAAGUUCACGAGAUAUUGGUCAGAUGAUGUUAUCACAAGGUAGUGGAUCUAUUUCGGUAAGCAUUCCUAAAUUUGAAACUGAACAAUAUAGAGAACUUUUGAUAGCUGCUAUUGUGAAGCAUGAACUGCCUUUCCGUUUUGUUGAAUACUCGGGGGUAAGAUCUUUGUUACAAUAUUUGCGUCCGGAUGUUCCAAUUAUUUAUCGGAAUACUGCCAAGGCUGAUUUGGUUAAGAUAUAUUCUCAAGAAAAGAGAAGGAUUAAAUGCAUGUUAAAUGAUUCUCCUGGUAGAAUUAGUCUAACAUCUAACUUGUGGACUUCUAUAACCACUGAUGGUUAUAUGUGCAUUACAGCACAUUUUUUGGAUAAGAAUUGGGUUCUGCAGAAAAGGGUUUUGAACUUUUCUUUUAUGCCACCACCACAUAAUGGCAUAUCUUUGUCUGAAAAAAUUUAUAAUUUGCUAUGUGAGUGGGGAAUUCAACACAAGAUUUAUGUAUUGACUUUAGACAAUGCUUCGUCUAAUGAUGUUUCAGUGGAGUUGUUAAGAACUCAAUUGAACAUUAAAAAAGCUCUUCUUUGUGAUGGUGAGUUCUUUCAUCUUCGUUGUUGCGCUCAUAUUCUGAAUUUGAUAGUACAACAUGGGUUGAAAGAAAUUGAUUUUGCUAUUCAAAAAGUUCGUGAGAGUAUUAAGUAUGUCAAAGGGUCACAAUCAAGGAAGGUAAAAUUUUUAGAUUCUACAAAACAAAUGUCUUUGGAUAGCAAGAAAGGGUUGAGACAAGAUGUUCCCACUAGAUGGAAUUCUACUUAUCUUAUGCUUGAGAGUGCUAUUUUCUAUCGUCGUGCUUUCAGUCAUUUGGAGUUGACUGAUUCUAAUUUUAAGCAUUGUCCAUCAAUAUUUGAUUGGGAAAAAAUAGAGAAGAUCAACAGUUUGUUGGGAGUUUUUUAUGAAGCCACUUGUGAUUUUUCUGGGACCAAAUACCCUACAGCUAAUCUAUACUUUCCAGCAAUAUUUUUGAUUUAUUUUACAUUAAAGCGACACUCUGAGGGUGAAGAUGACUACAUGAAGACCAUGUGUUGUAAAAUGCUUGUCAAGUUUGAGAAAUAUUGGUCUGAGUUUAAUGUAUUAUUGGCUAUUGCAGUUAUUUUGGAUCCUCGAUACAAGCUUCAUUUUGUUGAUUUCUCUUAUACAAAACUUUAUGGGGAUUGUUCCAUUGAGUAUAUGAAUGUUCGGAGCAAAAUGUCAUCUCUUUUCAUGGAAUAUAGUUCUUCUAGUGCUCCCACAUGUUCUACCACGACUUCUGAUAGCACUUAUAGUAGAGCGGAAAGUCAAUCUUCGAUUAAUAAACAAGCAUUUCAGGUAAUAACUGUAUAA